AUGCAGGAAGAAGGAGUGCUGCCUAACGAAGUGACUUUGAUUUGUAUUCUUUCUGCAUGCAGCCAUAGCGGUGAGGUAGAGAGAGGAUUAAAGAUUUUCAGGUCUAUGGAACAAUGUUAUGGAAUAAAGGCUAGUAAAGAACACUAUGCUUGUGUCAUCGAUCUUUUGUGCCGUUCAGGGAAGAUGGUAGAAGCUUAUGAAGAGGUGAAGAAUAUGCCAUUUGAAAUCACAGAAUCCAUUAUUGGAGCUUUCUUUAAUGGAUGUAAAGUCCAUGGAAGAAGGGAUCUUGCUGAAAUGAUGCAUGAAGAUAUUAAGAGAAUGGAUCUGAAGAGACCUGGAGGUUUGGUAACACUUUCUAAUAUUCAUGCUGCUCAUGGAGAAUGGAAAGAGGUUGAGAAUGUUAGAAAGCUAAUGAAGGAGAAAAAGAUCCAUAAAGAAUAUGGAUUUAGUUCGCUUGAAAAAAUGGAUGAAUAUAUCGGAGUGAAUGAAGAAAUAGUAGGCAACAGACUGGAUAGUGGUAGGAGAGUUAAUGUUCUCGGAUAA